ACACAGCUGGCUCGGAAGUGUCUCCUCCCGCCUCAGAAAAGCGGCGCACGCCCAGCAGCUUCGGAAAAACCUUAGGCGGCUGGAGGGAGGGGCGCGCGCCGCAACCCGCGAGCCCAGAGCUCCAUGCCCUAGACGGCCGGCUUCUUCCCUUAGUGCCGUGUGGCUGCCGUUCCGGGUGAGCAGCCGGGAGCCGGCGUCCCCGCCACGAGCGCGCCACCGCAACUGGCUCCGCCCCCUGCCGGAACGGGCCGCGCGUUCCUGCGGCUCCGAUCAGAGUCGCGGGCGCGCGCGCCGGCGGCGGAUCCGCAGUUAAAAUGGUCCGAGCGGGACCCGGCCUUGCCCCCGCUGCCGCGCUGACUGACUGAGCCGGCUGGCCGGGCCCGGACUGGUCACCUAGCCGGCAGGCUCGCUCGCUCACUCCCUCGCGUCCCCAAAGCUCGCGCCCAUCGUUCUCCCGGCUUCCCUGGGCAAAGCAUGUAGCCCCCGUCGGGCACUCCGGCGGCCCGCAGCUGACGCCCACCCCCCACCGUCGCGUGUGUGCCCGUGUGUGCGUGUGUGUGCGCAGGGAGGGCGACCCCGCCGCGGGCCGGGGGCCGAGCCAGCGAGCGGCCUGCCCCGCUGCCAGGAGCCCGCCUCUCUGGGUCUCCCUCCCUCCCGUCCCGGUCCCCCUCCUCGGGGUCUUCUAUAUGGGCCACCUUCUCUCGAAGGAGCCGCGUAACCGCCCAAGCCAGAAGAGGCCUCGCUGUUGCAGUUGGUGCCGCCGCCGACGCCCUCUCCUCAGACUGCCCCGCCGGACCCCAGCCAAGGUGCCCCCUCAACCGGCGGCACCCCGGAGCCGGGACUGCUUCUUCCGCGGGCCCUGCAUGCUCUGCUUCAUCGUGCACAGUCCCGGCGCGCCCGCCCCCGCCGGCCCAGAGGAGGAGCCGCCGCUCUCGCCGCCGCCGCCGCGGGACGGGGCCUACGCUGCCGCCGCCUCCUCCCAGCACCUGGCGCGGCGCUACGCGGCCCUGGCCGCCGAGGACUGCGCCGCUGCCGCCCGCCGCUUCCUGCUAUCCUCGGCCGCCGCCGCCGCCGCCGCUGCCGCCUCGGCUUCGUCGCCCGCCUCCUGCUGCAAAGAGUUGGGGCUGGCUGCGGCCGCCGCCUGGGAGCAGCAGGGCCGAAGUCUCUUCCUGGCCAGCUUGGGGCCAGUGCGCUUCCUGGGGCCGCCCGCCGCCCUGCAGCUCUUCCGGGGGCCGACACCGCCGCCGGCCGAGCCCCCUACGCCCCCCGAAAUGGUGUGCAAGCGGAAGGGGGCCGGGGUCCCAGCCUGCACCCCCUGCAAGCAGCCCCGCUGCGGCGGCGGGGGCUGUGGCGGCGGCGGCGGCGGUGGUGGGGGAGGGCCUGCGGGGGGAGGCGCUUCGCCGCCCCGACCCCCAGAUGCCGGCUGCUGCCAGGGCCCGGAGCAGCACCCGCAGCCGCUCUGCCCCCCGCCCUCUUCUCCCACCUCCGAAGGUGCCCCUACCGAAGCUGGCGGGGACGCUGUCCGAGCCGGGGGCACCGCCCCCUUGUCCGCCCAGCAGCAGCAUGAAUGUGGCGACGCGGACUGUCGGGAGCCCCCCGAAAACCCCUGCGACUGUCACAGGGAGCCGUCCCCCGAAACCCCAGACAUCAACCAGCUGCCGCCGUCCAUCCUGCUCAAGAUAUUUUCCAAUUUGUCACUGGACGAGCGUUGCCUUUCUGCAUCAUUGGUUUGCAAGUACUGGCGUGACCUUUGUUUAGACUUCCAGUUUUGGAAGCAGCUGGAUCUUAGUAGUCGUCAGCAGGUCACUGAUGAAUUAUUGGAAAAAAUUGCAUCGAGAAGUCAGAAUAUAAUUGAAAUCAACAUUUCUGAUUGUCGCAGUAUGUCUGAUACUGGCGUAUGUGUUCUAGCAUUUAAAUGUCCUGGACUUCUUAGGUAUACAGCCUACAGGUGUAAACAACUUUCUGACACCUCUAUUAUUGCGGUUGCCUCUCACUGUCCUUUACUUCAGAAAGUGCAUGUAGGCAACCAGGACAAACUUACUGAUGAAGGACUCAAGCAGCUGGGCUCAAAAUGCAGAGAACUCAAAGAUAUUCAUUUCGGCCAGUGUUACAAGAUCUCAGAUGAAGGCAUGAUCGUCAUAGCUAAGGGCUGUCUGAAAUUACAAAGGAUAUACAUGCAGGAAAACAAAUUAGUGACAGAUCAGUCGGUGAAAGCAUUUGCUGAACACUGUCCUGAGCUUCAAUAUGUAGGCUUCAUGGGUUGUUCAGUCACUUCUAAAGGAGUCAUUCACCUAACCAAGGACAACUCAAGAGCCAUAACUAUCUCAAAAAAGAAAAACAAUGUUGGAGGACUCAUAUGUCCAAAUUUUAAAACUUACUACAGAGCUAUAAGAAUCAAAACAGUAAGGUACUGUUCAGUAUGUGAGCUAAGAAACCUUUCCAGCUUGGACCUACGUCAUAUCACUGAACUGGAUAAUGAAACCGUGAUGGAAAUUGUCAAGAGGUGCAAAAAUCUUAGCUCUCUCAAUCUCUGUCUGAACUGGAUCAUAAAUGACAGGUGUGUGGAGGUCAUUGCAAAGGAAGGCCAAAACCUGAAAGAGCUAUAUUUGGUGUCCUGUAAAAUCACAGAUUAUGCACUGAUAGCCAUUGGGCGGUACAGCAUGACAAUAGAGACUGUGGAUGUUGGAUGGUGUAAAGAAAUUACAGACCAAGGAGCCACCCUGAUUGCACAGAGCAGCAAGUCUCUGAGAUAUUUGGGGCUGAUGAGAUGUGAUAAAGUCAACGAAGUAACGGUGGAACAGCUGGUGCAGCAGUAUCCCCACAUCACCUUCAGUACCGUCCUGCAGGACUGCAAGAGGACCUUGGAGAGAGCCUAUCAGAUGGGCUGGACCCCCAACAUGUCUGCCGCCUCCUCCUAACGCUCCUGCCCCGCCUAGUCCACUGGGAUCAUUCAGCAGAGCAGAGGAGAAUUGUACAUUUGGGGGGCUGAUCUCUCCGAAGGGUUUUAACUGUCACCUGUCUGUGUGUGUUCAAGUAUGUGUAUUUGUGUCUUAUUUGCAUACUGCAUACCAAAAGUGCAGUUGUCAUUUGUUCCCAAGUGAGCUGGCUUUUUUUCUUAGAAAUUAAAGAUUAUGAAAGCUACAAACUUUUUAGUUUUUAACUUCAAAGGCUUCUUUCUCUUUAAAAGAAAAAAAAAAACUUUUUUUUAAUGUAGAGUCAAAAAAUUGGAUGUAUUAUUUUGAGCUUCUAAUUGCUGCCACUUGGAGAUGUCCAAAUAAGAAGGCCUUCUUUUUACAUGGGAUGAAUUAUGCACUUCUGCUGAGGACGACUACAAUAGAAGUGAUGUUACACGUACAGGCACUUACACUCUCACAUACUCACACGUGUGCACAUCUACACCAGGGCUCUGAUCUACUCCAGAUCAUUUCCUGACAGAGAAGCCUUCUUCCAGGCCCCCGAGGUAGCAUGUUAUCCACUGUGGCACUGCCUAACUCCAUGUAUCCUCAGGUGGCCAACUUGCUAUCUGGUAGGUGACUUGGGGACUAGAAAGAAUAAAGCUUUUUCUAAAUUUGUUAUAUGGACGCAACAAUCUGAACUCCCCUGGCCAGCUCACAAAAAUUAAUUAUACAUUAUUCUACAAAUGCAUUCUGUUGAGCACUAAAUAUUUUAGUUGGUUUUACGUUAACAUUGUGUUAGCUUUUAUUUCCUGGAUAGUAACUGGUCAGGAUAUAUUUUAAUGAUAUUUGAAACUAAUCUUAGCAUUGAAGCCACCAAUGUAAUUAAUGGUGUGCAAUUAUUUUAAAAAGUACAGAUCAUUUCAUUAUUUUCUUAAUUUUGGUAAUUAUUAAAGUGUAUUUCUGAGAUACAAGAGGGUAGUCACAUUAAUAGAAGAUUCAUGAGUGAGAUAUAAGUAGACAAUCUUUCUACUGUUGUUGCUUUUUUUGCUUUGCUUUGGGUUUUUGAACAGGUUUUUUGGAUAUGUGCAUGUUGUCAUUUUGGACUAGUUCUCAUGCUACUGCAAAGAUCUAUUGCUAGCUAAUAUAUGAGUUAAGAAGGAAAAUUAGAAAAUCUGUUCAUUGAAAUUCUGUUUACACUUGUUAGAAAUAAGCAUUUCUUUGUUUAAUUAAAGAUUGCCAGCUUCAGUUAAGACAAGACCUAUCAGUAAAUGAAUAUAUGUUUUGAUUUAACACAUCUUUACAAUUAAUUCAUAAUAGGGACUCAGGCUCAAAUAACUGUUCCUGUGUCUAGAUUUAUAAUGAGGACAUCAGGGAGCCUUUUUAAGCUAAAGAGUGAUUAUCUUUCACAGUAGAACUAGAAACAAAACCCUAACUUGUGAAUUUGCUAUUUAUUUUUCCCUGAGUGAAUAUAACUGUUAUUUGGUCUUUAACAGAUAUACUGAGGUUUGAGUUUCACUUUCUUUAAGUCUCAUAUUGCUAACAUGACAUUAGCUGUAAGAAGCAAAGGAUAGCUCUACAUUUGAAUGCCAUUUACUGAUUUCUAAUGAUUCUCUUUUUUUGUAAACAACUGUUUCCUUUGAUUAUGUCAACAUGUUUCUGAUGUGGCAUUUUUGUUUUAAUCCCAAUCAGUUAGGAAAUCUAGUCAGUAAGCACCAGGAGUAUUCUUCCCAUCACUAAAUGAGUUUCUAAUUUAAUUUGAAGGGAAUAAAAUUUGUGUAAGAAAAAAGCUGUUUAACAUUAAUAAACUGUAUUUCUUCUUACACAUUGAACUACAUCAUUUUCAUAUCCACUUCCCCACCACUGAAAUAGCUUAUUUCACAAUAUUUUAACUGAUUUUUAAUCCAAAACUAAUUUAUAAGACAGUAUGAAUAGUAAUAGUAGCUUGAGGGAAUAUGCAGAAGUUUAAUUUUUAUAUAUGUCAUACUAUAUUUUAAAUAGUUAAAAAAGACAAAAGAAGGGAGAGCCAUCUAUGAUAUAGAUGGUACCAUUUCAGUUCAAAGUUGUAAUAACCUUUGGAGUGUUACAGUUUGGUUGUCAAAUGGUUUCAGAGUGUAUAAUUGAUUUUUUAAACGUUGCAUUGUUUGCAUCUAAAGUACAGCACUAUAACAUGCUUUAGCUUGCGGGAUGGGGUGGGGUGGGGAUUUGCACUUAUUGUCUAAAAUGUUGACUAAUCCAGAAGGCCUGAUGCAACAUAAUCUGGAAAACUGCUUUGGUACAUUUGUAGAACUCCAUAGAAAUACCAUAUCCAGCCUCAAAGCAUUAAUCUCAAAAAAAAAAAAAAAAAAAAAAGCCAGAAAAA